AUGAUGCAGCGAGUGUUCACCUUUGGAAAAGGAAGAAGCGAAGGCAACAAGGGCAUGAAGUCCUUGUUGGGGGGUAAAGGAGCGAACCUGGCGGAGAUGGCGAGCAUAGGCUUGUCGGUGCCGCCGGGACUAACCAUAUCGACGGAGGCUUGUCGGCAAUAUCAGAUCGCCGGCAAGAAGCUCCCUGAAGGUUUAUGGGAAGAGAUUUUAGAAGGUCUUAGCUUCAUCGAACGUGACAUUGGAGCUUCCCUCGCCGAUCCCUCCAAGCCACUCCUCCUCUCCGUUCGCUCAGGCGCCGCCAUUUCAAUGCCCGGUAUGAUGGACACUGUACUUAACCUUGGCUUAAACGACCAAGUCGUCGUCGGUUUAGCCGCCAAAAGCGGUGAGCGUUUCGCUUACGAUUCGUUCCGGCGUUUUCUUGAUAUGUUUGGAGAUGUUGUUUUGGGGAUUCCACACUCCAAAUUUGAAGAGAAGCUAGAGAAAAUGAAAGAGAUUAAAGGAGUCAAAAAUGACACCGAGUUAAGUGCGGACGAUCUCAAGGAAUUGGUUGAGCAGUACAAGAGUGUUUACUUACAGGUCAAGGGUCAAGAGUUUCCUUCAGAUCCGAAAAAGCAAUUGGAGCUAGCGAUUGAAGCGGUUUUCGAUUCUUGGGAUAGCUCAAGAGCGAUCAAGUACAGAAGCAUUAACCAGAUAACCGGAUUGAUCGGAACCGCGGUUAACAUUCAGUGUAUGGUGUUUGGAAACAUGGGAGACACUUCAGGGACUGGUGUUCUCUUCACAAGAAACCCUAGCACCGGAGAGAAGAAGCUCUACGGCGAGUUUCUUGUCAAUGCUCAGGGAGAAGAUGUGGUUGCGGGGAUUAGAACACCAGAAGAUUUGGAUACGAUGAAGAGAUUAAUGCCACAGGCUUACGCUGAGCUUGUAGAGAACUGUGACAUCUUAGAGAGGCAUUACAAAGACAUGAUGGAUAUCGAAUUCACGGUGCAAGAAGAGAGAUUGUGGAUGCUGCAAUGUAGAACCGGUAAACGAACGGGUAAAGGUGCGGUGAAGAUAGCUGUUGAUAUGGUAAAUGAAGGGCUUGUAGAUAAAUCUUCUUCCAUCAAAAUGGUGGAGCCUCAACAUCUUGAUCAACUACUUCACCCACAGUUUCAUGAUCCGUCGGGGUACCGUGAGAAAGUGGUGGCGAAAGGCUUACCGGCGUCUCCAGGAGCGGCGGUUGGGCAGGUUGUGUUCACGGCGGAGGAAGCCGAAGCUUGGCAUGCUCAGGGCAAAAACGUGAUUCUGGUUAGAACAGAGACAAGCCCUGACGAUGUUGGAGGGAUGCACGCAGCGGAAGGUAUAUUGACGGCGAGAGGAGGAAUGACCUCACACGCGGCGGUUGUUGCUCGUGGAUGGGGAAAAUGUUGCAUAGCCGGUUGCUCCGAGAUUCGCGUCGACGAAAACCACAAGGUUCUUUUGAUUGGAGAUUUGACUAUAAAUGAAGGCGAAUGGAUUUCGAUGAACGGAUCAACGGGUGAGGUUAUAUUGGGGAAACAAGCAUUGGCUCCUCCAGCUUUAAGUGCAGAUUUAGAGACUUUCAUGUCUUGGGCUGACGCAAUGAGACGUCUCAAGGUUAUGGCGAAUGCGGAUACGCCUGAAGACGCGACUGCAGCAAGGAAAAACGGAGCUGAAGGGAUUGGGCUUUGUAGAACAGAGCAUAUGUUCUUUGGCGCAGAUAGGAUUAAAGCAGUGAGAAAGAUGAUAAUGGCGGUUACAACAGAACAGAGGAAAGCUUCUCUAGACGUCUUACUUCCUUACCAACGUUCAGAUUUCGAAGGGAUCUUCCGCGCAAUGGAUGGUUUACCAGUAACAAUCCGUUUGUUAGACCCUCCGCUUCACGAGUUUCUCCCUGAAGGUGAUUUGGACAACAUAGUACAGGAGCUAGCUGCAGAAACAGGAAUGAAAGAAGACGAGAUCUUGUCACGGAUUGAGAAACUGUCUGAAGUGAACCCAAUGCUUGGUUUCCGCGGUUGCAGGCUUGGAAUCUCGUAUCCAGAGCUAACGGAAAUGCAAGCGCGUGCGAUAUUUGAAGCAGCAGCGUCAAUGAAAGAACAAGGCGUUACUGUUCUUCCUGAGAUCAUGGUUCCACUUGUAGGAACUCCUCAGGAAUUGGGUCACCAAGUUGAUGUAAUCCGUAGUGUUGCAAAGAAAGUAUUUGCUGAAAUGGGACAUACCGUGAGCUACAAGGUUGGGACAAUGAUCGAGAUCCCUCGAGCCGCGCUCAUUGCAGAUGAGAUUGCAGAAGAGGCAGAGUUUUUCUCUUUUGGUACAAAUGAUUUGACGCAGAUGACGUUUGGAUACAGUAGAGAUGAUGUUGGCAAGUUUCUACCGAUUUACCUCGCCAAAGGAAUGUUACAGAAUGACCCUUUUGAGGUUCUUGAUCAGAAAGGUGUAGGACAAUUGAUCAAGAUGGCAACUGAAAAAGGACGAGCAGCUAGGCCUAACCUCAAGGUUGGUGUAUGUGGAGAACAUGGAGGAGAACCAUCUUCUGUUGCAUUCUUUGCUAAAGUAGGACUUGACUAUGUUUCUUGUUCUCCUUUCAGAGUUCCCAUUGCAAGGCUAGCAGCUGCUCAAGUUGAAGCAUGA